GGAGUGAUCUUGACACCCAACUCACGUGGCGAAACCUAAGACGAGAGGGAGGAGUCAUCAAUUCCCCCUCAUUGACAUUUGACUCUUUCUGCCACGAGACCGCGAUGGAUUCCAUAUGCCACGUUUGCGCCAGGUGUUUCGAGAGCACCGAAACAUUGCAAAAGCACAUCCAAGAUGAACGAAGUCGAUUGAUACGCGAUGUCCAGGAACUCUGCACCAAGCCGUAUCUGCCCGUCUCAUCUGCGCUUGGCAUCCUCGUACGCUACGCUACUCAUUCAAGCGACUUGGAUGUGGAAAUAGACUUGGUGAAUCCGAAGUCGGAUCGCGGACACCCUGCUCCACAAUCGAUUCGAGUCCACGAUGAACGAGACUUGACCUGCCCCGAAUCCUUCUGCAACUACGCAUCUACGAAUGUCGAAUGCGAUGAGGCCUGCCCUUUUUGUUCCAGGCCUCUCAACCGAGUAUCACAAUUCGUUAGGCAUCCCGACGACUGCGCCGCUCGCAAAAAAAGGGGACUCGAGGUACCAGAUGCCGUAUCCAAACGACAAAAGACUUUAUCCGGACAGGCCUACAACGAACUACGACUUGCGCGGCAGGACAUCGAGCCAUCAAGAAGGGUCGAGACAAAUAGUUUCUCACCGAGCCCUCAUGUUUCGAGAGGCACAGUUCAGCCGAUACGACAUCUGCCGCGUCAACGUUGAAAAACGAUUCAUCAUCCGAAUCUGUCUCUUCGAACUCGACAAUACCACUGACGAUAAGCUUGGCAUGCGAAACUGGCCUCGAGGUAGUAGACCAUUAUUACAACCAAGCUCCACCUACUGCUCCGCCAGCAUCGGCGCCCGGCGACGGUGACAAUACCGAGA